UACAUAUCGAGAAAGAAGAAAAAAAAAACUGAAAAGCCAGAAAAUUUAAUUUUGAAAAAGGCGCGGGAAAAUAAAAACCCCAGCCAGACUUUGGCGUGGCGAAAUCCGCUGAUUUGACCAAAUUAACCCAAACUUUUUUUUGCUGAUUUUGUUUUUUUUUUUGUGGUGAAACGAUUAAUAAGUUUCCCAAUACGUAAUGCGAAUCCGCGCUGAAUAUCGUAUCUAGGGGUUGACGCGAUUUCAUUUUUUUCCUUAUCAACGCUUUACUUACUGAUUGGGAGGGAUCUUGGUGAGGAGUGUGAGAAAUUUCUGAGGAAUCAAUCAACAUGAGUUCCACAGAGGACGCUGUUAGGGCUCAGGAAGGGAACGGACGACACCGUCCGCGUAGAGAACGGAGAGCUUCUAUCAAGUGUACCGAUUACACAGAUUAUCCGACUGACGAUGACGAAUCUCCCGGAAACAAGCCAAAGGGUAAAACAGGCAGGCACCGGAAAAAGUCUACCCAGGACAAGAAGAUUGAUGAAAUCAGCGAAGAAGCUGCUGUUAAGGUUGACGGAGGCGCUUGUGUAGAGAAGGAGAAGAGAGCUGACCAAGUUAAGGCUUAUGAAAGAAUGCCCAGGUUCAAAAUUGUAUACGCGUCUCGGAAAAGGGCACUGAAAGAAGACGAAGAGAAGAAGGUAGAUGGAGUGGAUUCUCAAGCUCCAGUGAAGCUGUGUAAGAAGCCGAAGAUAUCAGCUGUAGAUAUUAGCAAGGAAGACGAUAAUCUCCACGAGGAUAAUGCUGAAAACUCCGACUCCAAUAUGUGUCAUCAAUGUCACCGGAACGACAGUGGGCCUGUUGUGCGGUGUCAGAACUGCAAGAGGAAGCGUUAUUGCAUCCGGUGCUUAAAAACUUGGUAUCCUCGCAUAGCAGAAGAAGACAUUGCCAAGAAAUGCCCAUUCUGCUGGAAUAAUUGCAAUUGCAGAUCAUGCUUGCGUCUAGAUACUAAAAUGGAAGGGUUAAAUUCAGACUUCAUGGCUAGCACGGAUGAACAAAUUCAAUGCUCUAAGUAUAUUUUGCGAAGGCUUUUCCCACAUCUGAAGGAAAUAAAUGAUGAACAAAUCUAUGAGAAGGAAGUUGAGGCAAAGAUAUCAGGGCUGAAGUUUGAAGAGGUUAAGCCCCAAGACGCUAACUGUCACCCUGAGGAAAGACUAUACUGCGAUUACUGCAAGACUGCUAUCUUUGAUCUUCAUAGAAAUUGCUCCAGAUGUAAUUAUGAUAUCUGCCUUACAUGUUGCCUCGAGAUCCGCAAAGGAAAGCUUCAGCCAUGUCAGGAGAAGAUGUCUUGGAGUUAUAUUGACCGAGGUUUGGGGUAUCUACAUGGAUAUACCGAAUCUGACGAACACCCGCUUCAAUCCAGUGAGAGGACACGGCCUGUCUCGCCCAGUGAAGAAGAAGUUCUUGAGACGACGGAUGAGAAGCUGAAUAGCGAAGACUGUGUGAAGCACCCAUCUAUGUGGAAAGCAAAUGAAGCUGGAAGCAUAGCUUGUUAUUGUGGUGCUGGGGAUUUAGAGUUGAGACGCAUACUUCCUGAUGGCUAUGUAUCUGAUUUGGUCAAAAAGGUAGAAGAAAAUGCUGAAGCCAGCAAGCUUUUGGAUUUACCUGAAAAAGUUAUGGAGCGAUGCCCUUGUUUUAACUCUGAAGGUCAUAUUGACAUGGACAACAAUAAAUCGUUAAAGGCUGCAUGUCGAGAAGGUUCAGAAGACAAUUAUCUGUAUUUUCCAAGUGUUACAGAUAUUGAAAAAGAUGAUCUGAAGCAUUUUCAGCAUCAUUGGGUAAAAGGUGAGCCUGUAGUUGUGAGGAAUGUGCUUGAGUCUACAGCUGGUCUAAGCUGGGAACCAAUGGUAAUGCAUCGGGCCUGCCGUCAGGAAGAGUUUAAUCUUCAUGAAUUCUUUACCGGCUACACAGAGGGCCGUUCUGAUUCAAUGGGUUGGCCACGCGUUCUGAAACUGAAAGAUUGGCCUCCAUCGAAGACCUUCAAAGAGAACUUGCCACGUCACUCUGAGGAGUUCUUAUGCAGUUUGCCUUUGAAACUGUACACUCACCCGCGUAGUGGGCCUUUGAAUGUCGCAAUCAAAUUGCCUAUAAAUUGCUUGAAGCCAGACAUGGGGCCAAAGACUUAUGUUGCUUAUGGAUUCCCGCGAGAAACUGGCCGUGGAGAUUCUGUCACCAAGCUCCAUUGUGACAUGUCUGAUGCGGACACAGCAACAUUGAAAUCGUGUUUGUUUCACAAUGUGCCUGCUAGCUCUAACUUGAGAAUCCUCACCAAUGCUCAUUUGACUUGUCAAAGAGUUUUGAGUGUCAAGAUGGGUUUUUCUGCAGUAUCCUUGCUCCAUGUCCCCAUGAGGGUUAAUGUUUUGACGCACAUAUGUGAAGUGCCGCCCAUUAAAGAGGAAGAGGAAGAAAGGAAAUCCACAAUAGAAAGACUGAGAAAGAAACAUGCUGAACAAGAUCUCAAAGAGCUGUUUUGCUCAGUACCUAACUACGAGGAAAAGAUGGAGAUUCUUGAAAAUACUAGUGAGGAAGAAGUCAAAAAUCUUGAAGCCGAUGGAGGAGCACUUUGGGACAUUUUCCGUCGAGAAGAUGUUCCAAAAUUAGAAGAAUACCUUCAGAGACAUCACAAAGAGUUCAGACAUAUAUAUUGUUCCCCUGUGUCUCAGGUGGUUCAUCCAAUACAUGACCAGUCUUUUUAUCUGACGCGAUAUCAUAAAAUGAAGCUGAAAGAAGAAUAUGGAAUCGAACCGUGGACCUUUGUUCAGAAGCUUGGAGAUGCCGUUCUUAUACCUGUAGGCUGCCCUCAUCAGGUCAGGAAUCUGAAGUCUUGCACAAAGGUGGCGCUUGACUUCGUCUCACCUGAAAAUGUUGGUGAGUGUUUCCGAUUGACAAAUGAGUUUCGUCUUCUUCCGCCGAACCAUCAUUCAAAAGAGGACAAGUUACAGAUAAAGAAGAUGGUAGUCUUUGCAAUCGAUGAGGCUCUCAACAAAUUAAACCCAAGGGUAAAGAAGUCUGCGGAAGCCAAAGAGAAGAUAAAGACACAUAUUGUGAAGAAAAAGACAGAAAAGGUUACUAGACAGAAGAAGCCUAAACAUUGACAAAGGAGGAUCUACUACUAAUUUCUAGGAUCGUCUUUUGUUGUAGUUUUAGCAAACUCUUUAGCCAAUCUCCCUUAGGGAAUCACCACGUUAAACAAAGCACACAAGGAGCGUGUGAGAAGAACAUCAUGAUAUCUAUUUUGGCACUUUCCUUUUGUAUAUUCUCUUCCUUCGUCUGUAAUCAACUAAAUCUAUCAAGGUAUUCAAGUUUGGUUCAUAACAGUUUAACAUUUAGUCUUCUUAGCCAAAUAGAAUGUAUAAUCAUAUUAAACACAUCGUAUCUCUUUGG